GAAACAUCCAUCAUCCACACGGAUAACAACACCGGAAUCAACGCAAGGUUAAGCUAUCCGCCCCGGAGUAGCAAAGCUAGCUCAAUUUAAUUGUCUAUCUCCUCUAUUCUCCGAGUUACAAGGAGAAAAGCAAAAAAGAAGAAAUGGAUGCCGUCAAGCCAUUGCGCGGCAUCGUAGUCUUCGGAGGCGGGACUGCGACGAAUAGUCUCGUCGAUGUCUUUGAGAAUCUGAGGCGUAGCAGGAAUUGUGAGCUGCAAUAUGUCAUACCCAUCAGCGAUAAUGGUGGCAGUUCGUCGGAGUUGAUUCGUGUUUUCGGAGGGCCAGGUAUUGGUGAUGUGCGCAGCCGUCUAGUUCGUCUGAUCCCCCCCGCAGACACGGACGCGGAAAGAGUCGCUCUCAAGUCUAUCUUCAAUCACCGUCUCUCCGCGGACCCGAACGCGGCUCGCUCGGAAUGGCUGGACAUAGUCGAGGGUCGCCACGAGUUGUGGGCUGACAUGUCCAGCGAAAAGCGCGAACUCAUCCGUUCUAUAUUUAAUCACAUGAACAUGGAAAUUGUGAAGCGUGCGAGACCGAGCUCUGUUUUCAAUUUUGCUAAGGCUAGUAUUGGGAAUCUGUUUCUGACGGGUGCGCGACUCUUCACAGGGUCUCUCGAAUCGGCCAUCUACCUUCUGUCAACAAUCUGCGCAGUUCCAUCAACAGUGGCCGCCCUACCAGCCAUCAACAGUAACUUCACGCACCACAUCAGCGCAGGAUUAGAAGACGGAUCUCAGAUCACAGGACAGAACGCAAUAUCCCAUCCCUCGGCCCCGACGAGCCUGCCCGACAUAGCAACGGUGACAGCAGAGUCACCAUCCACAUUGCCUUUUGAUCCCCUUUCUAAACGUGAUUCCAACUUCUCACCUUCACCUUUACCGAACCCCUUCCAGGACCGCCUCCGCGAAACAGAAGCCCACGACCGCAUCGAAGACGCCACGCUGCCCGGAUCCCUCCCGUCCCUCCGCAAGCCAUACCUCUCCUUCACCAAAGAAGGGUCCCCGCACACCAACGACUUACCAAGUCGCAUCUCCCGCAUCUGGUACAUCAAUCCCUACGGCCACGAGAUCUACCCCGUCGCCAACCCGAAAGUCGUCACGGCCAUAUCGCGCUCCAUUAGCGUGAUAUACAGCAUCGGCUCGCUGUACACGUCGCUCAUACCUAGUCUAGUGCUACGAGGCGUUGGCCGUGCCAUCGCCGCCUUGUCGCCUAUGCACCAGAAGAUCCUGAUUUUGAAUUCUACGUUGGACAGGGAGACGGGACCGAGCGGCGGUCCGCUUACGGCUACGGAUUUCGUGCGUGCUAUUGCUCGGGCGUGUGCUGAGACCCAGGGUGCUGCAGAUGCGAUAGGAGGGAGCGUGGAUGGCCAAGUAAGGAGAUAUGUGACACAUCUUCUGUAUCUCGAGGGCGAAGGCGUGCCCAAGGUAAACAAGACCGAGCUUGCUGCGCUAGGGGUUGACUGUAUCCGCGUCUACGGGCGCAGAGUAGACGGCAUGUUGUGCUAUGAUGAGGCCGGGCUUGUGGGCGCGCUGGAGGCUGUCGUGGGCAAGGCUGAGAUGGUUCGGAGCCGGCGGAAUACAAGUGGACAGUAGCAGAUACUUGUGCGGAAAGUACAAUAACCGGAUCGAUGAAUUAUCACAAAACAUUUUUCUUUUUCUUUUUUAAUUCCGAUUGAGCAGAGAGUAGGUGGUAUCAUGUGCAUUCCUCUAUCAUACAGGUUUUCAUCAAGCUUGAAUCUCGAGAUGUGAGCUUGUACUUACUCAAGCUUUACCACGAGGAACAAACAUUCAUGCCAU